AUGUUCAAAGCACAGAAUGGCAGAACACGAGAAGGGAAUGUCUUAGUGGAUGGUGGUGCAGGGACCACAGUCAUAAGAAAGGAUUUUGCAAAGGCUCUUGGACUCCAAGGCAAACAAGAGAGACUUCAUUUGUCAUUAGUAGGAUGUGAAAGGUUGGAAAAUGUCAAUAGCCGACGAGUAAAGUUUUGGGUUUCACCUCUAGAGAGCGGGGAAGAAUUCCAGAUAGAUGCCUAUGAGAUUGACAAGACAGUCUUGAGUAUGCAGCCCUUGGAUAGGCCAUGGUUACAUUCAUUUCCUCACUUGCAGGAUAUUGACUUCCCACACAAAGCUGGACCGAUUGACCUGAUAUUGGGAGUACACUACAGUCACCUGCAUGCGGAAGAAGAGGUACGCCAAGGACUGCCAUUUGAACCAAUUGGGAAGCGGACGAAACUAGGAUGGUAUGCGAUGGGACCAGACAAAACACAACGUCUAUCAUCCAUCUGUUCAGUUAACUUUAUUGACAAAGUUAAUCUUGAGAAGUUUUAUGACUUUGAGACCCUUGGGAUUCAGGCUCCCAAUUGUGACUGCCCAACUGAAGUUAUGUCAGCCGAAGAUCGUAAGGCACUUGAAUUGAUGCAAGCAUCUUGUGUCAAGCAGGGAGAUAGAUAUGAGAUUGGUCUUCCAUGGAAAAGGGAUCCAUCAUCAUUGCCAAACAACUACUUUCUUGCCGAGAAGCGCCUCUGUUCUCUGGAACGCAGUCUCCAGAAAGACGACGCAAAGGCGAAGAUGUACAAUGACGCCAUUCAUGAAUAUGAACAGAAUGCCUGGGCUGAGAAAGUUGAUAUGAGUAAAUCACAUUGUGAUCAGGGACCAGUGUAUUAUCUUCCUCAUCACGGAGUCUACCGGCCUGAUAAACCAAGCACACCCCUUCGUGUGGUGUUUGACCCAGCGUGUCAGUACCAAGGUGUGUCACUGAACUCCUACUUGUACAAAGGUCCAGGGUUGAUAGGAAACCUACUUGGCGUUCUUCUUAGGUUUCGUGAAGAACCUGUUGCCAUAGUUGGAGACAUUUCCAAGAUGUAUUUACAGAUAAAACUCAAAGAUAGUGAUACACAUGUUCAUAGAUUCCUCUGGAGAGACAUGGAAACAGCCACAUGCCCUACUGUCUACAGACUUCUCCGAGUCACAUUUGGUGACAAACCAUCACCUGACAUGGCGAGUUAUGUUGUCCUCCUUAUGGCAGAUCAACAUAAGGAAGAUUAUCCUGAUGCAUCAAAUGUGUUGAAGAGAGACAGAUACAUGGAUGACUUAAUACAUUCUUGUGAAACUUCUGAUGAAGCUUUAAAGAGAAUGCAUGAUCUUGACAGAAUCCUAGCCACAGGACAGUUCCAGAUAAAGGAAUGGUAUUGUUCACUGGAGGAGGUUCGCAAACAGCUUGCACUGGAGAAGCGAGGAAAGCUGAAUGAAACAGAUAUUAGUCUUGAUGGUGAGGAGGUCAAAACCUUAGGUUUAGGAUGGAAUCCUGUGAUGGAUACUAUGAGCUUUGUUGUCAGAGAUCUGAGCACAGAGAAGUAUACCAAGAGGAUAGUGCUGUCAAAGAUGUCAAUGUUAUAUGACCCCCUAGGUCUGGCAGCAGCAGUCACUAUAAAAGCCAAGAUGGCAAUGCAAGAUGUCUGGAGACACAAGUCCUUGGACUGGGAUGACCCCCUACCUGACGAGAUGUGUGAACUAUGGCAAGGAUUAUUUGCAGAGAUGAAAAGGCUUGAACAUGUUGAAUUUGUAAGAUGCCUGAAGCCAUGUGACUCUGUCGGUUCUUCCGAGCUACAUGUGUUUGGUGAUGCAAGUAUGGGAGCCUAUGGAGCGGCAGCAUACCUAUUGUGGCCAACUGUGAGAGGUACAGAAGUACAAUUGGUGUUUGCCAAGGCGAGAGUGGCUCCACUGCAUCAAACAACCAUACCAAGGUUGGAACUUAUGGCUGCCUUGGUUGCCACAAGGCUUGCCAAGACAAUCUGUAUUGAAUUUAAAGAGAAGCCAUCAGAUGUAACAUUGUGGACUGACUCUCGGAUUGUGCUCCACUGGAUACACUCUGAUUCAAUAUCAUUCAAGGCCUUUGUAGGUGUUCGUAUUGCGGAGAUUCAAUCUGUUUGGGAUGCAAGUCACUGGAAGUAUGUGCCAACAGCCUUGAACCCAGCUGAUGACUUGAGUCGUGGCAUAUCUGUCGAGGAGAUAAAUGGAAGAUGGGUUCAUGGUCCAUCUUUCCUGAAACUGCCAACUGAGCAAUGGCCUAUACAACCAACAGAUGAAGUAGUUGUGAAAGACAGUUCAGAGAUGAGGAAAUCUAAACUUGUUGCUUCAUGUAUCCCAGUGUUACCAGUCAUUGAAGCAGAGAAUGUGUCAAGCUGGCAGCGUCUCUUGAGGGUUACAGCCUACUGUCUUCGAUUCAUCCAAAGACUUCGAGACAAAGUAAGAAAGAUCUCACAGCAGACUGAGUGUGAAAUAUCUCUACAGUGUCAUGAAGUAGCUGCAGCUGAAUUGUUCUGGGUGAAAUAUGUACAAGCAGGGAUGCUUCACUGGGAAACGGAUUUCAUUGACCUUGCUCCAUUUGUUGCGAAUGGUAUCAUCCGAGUGGGAGGCAGAUUGCGGCAUUCCCCUUUGCAGUAUGAUCAGAUCCAUCCUAUAUUGUUACCUGCAGGUCACCACAUUUGCAGACUGAUAAUGCAAGAUGUACAUGUGAAAAUGGGUCAUGCAGGACCAGAGAGGACAUUAUGCGAAUGUCGGAGAACAUACUGGAUUGUUCGAGGAAGGAGUCUGGCAAAGGCUGUAGUGAGAAAUUGUGUUAUUUGUCGAAAGCUUCGACAACCUGGUCAUACAACCUUGAUGUCAGACCUCCCCCCAGAAAGACUGAUGCCAUUUUCCCCUCCAUUCACUGUAACGGGUGUUGAUCUGUUUGGACCAUUUUUGUUGAAAUAUGGAAGGAACAAGACAACAAAGGCUUGGGGCUCAAUAUUUGCAUGUGCAAAUGUGAGAACAAUUCACUUAGAAAUUGUUGAUGGACUGUCAACACAAGCAUUUCUCAAAGCUCUUCGGCGCUUUGCUGCAAAUCAUGGAUGGCCACAGAAAAUUAUCUCUGAUAAUGGUACCUCAUUUGUAGGGGCAGAGAGAGACUCAGGGCAUUGGUUGAGGAAGGGAAAAAGCAAAUCCAGGAUUUUGCAGUGCUUCAUAGAGUCAAGUGGCAGUUUAUAA